CACACACACACACACACACACACACACACACGCUUUGCGCGAAUCCCCGCAUGCGCAAUGCCAUCUGGAUUGUCUGCGUGCAGGAGAUUGCCAGAAGAUGAUGCGGUUGAGCAGCCGGCGCGGAGCGCGUGCAUAAUUGGCCUAUCUAGCCAUAGAUAUUUCUACUUGCCUUUUUUUUCCCCCCCCCACUUUCAUGCCAAAUUACCGUUUCAUGUGAUCAGAAGGCCGAGGCUGCACCCACCGACCCCCCCAGCGGCUCAGCAGUGACUGGAAGGAGCUGAGCAUCAAAUUGCACCCGAUGUCAUUACGCGCAGCCAAGUAUCGAAGACCAUAAUCAAGACCAAAGGCAGAGCCAUGGAGGUUGUUGCACAUCUUGUGAAUGACACCUUAGAAUUUUACAAAUGGAGCCUUACUAUAGCAGACAAGAGAGUGGAGAAUUGGCCAUUGAUGUCAUCGCCCUUCCCCACUGUGGCCAUCAGCUGCCUGUACCUGCUCUUCCUGUGGGCGGGGCCCCGGUACAUGCAGGGACGCCAGCCCUACACGCUCAGGAAGACCCUCAUAGUGUACAACUUCAGCAUGGUGGUCCUCAAUUUCUACAUUGCCACCGAGCUCCUAAUAGGCUCUCGAGCCGCCGGCUACAGCUGCCUCUGUCAGCCUGUCAACUACUCGAAUGAUGCCAAUGAAGUCAGGAUAGCAUCUGCUCUUUGGUGGUACUACAUCUCCAAAGGGGUAGAAUUCCUCGACACGGUCUUCUUCAUCCUGAGGAAAAAGUUCAACCAGGUCAGCUUCCUGCACGUGUACCAUCACUGCACCAUGUUCAUCCUCUGGUGGAUUGGAAUCAAAUGGGUCCCCGGAGGACAAUCUUUUUUUGGUGCAACCAUCAACUCUUCCAUCCACGUCCUUAUGUACGGUUACUAUGGCCUGGCAGCCUUGGGACCUCAGAUGCAGAAGUACCUGUGGUGGAAGAAAUACCUCACGAUUAUUCAGAUGAUCCAGUUCCAUGUGACCAUCGGCCACGCGGCCCAUUCGCUCUACACCGGCUGUCCUUUCCCCGCCUGGAUGCAGUGGGCUCUGAUUGGCUACGCUGUCACCUUCAUCAUUCUCUUCGCCAAUUUCUACUACCACGCUUACCGACGUAAACCCGCCUCUGUCCACAAAGGAAGCAAGCCAGUGGCCAACGGUGUCUCCGCGGUCACCAAUGGCCACAGCAAAGCGGCGGAAACAGCGGAUAAUGGACGGAGGCAACAUAAGAGAAGAGCGAAAAGCGAGUAAGGAAAGAAGAGGAGUUCUCUUCAGGAUAAAAAGGAGGAAUCGGAAACGCUAAACUGAAGUUCUUCAACCAGAAUGAGGCUUCAGACCCCUGAAAAUAAUGUGCAAGGAUAUGAUUUUGUGGCCGGCUUGUGAAGGUGAAGGUGUAAUGCAGUGGGUUCGGCAAAACAGGAUUGUUUCCAUACAUUUUUGUUUGUUUGUUUGUUUUUCAAAUGCAAAAUGCUGAUCACGUAGGCUCUGUGCUGUUCUGUCCGCAACACGACCUUCAAACUGUUCA